UGACGGUUAAGCUAGCAUCAUGCAAGCGCGCUAGCUAACUAAACAAACGCUGUGAAAUUGAAUGGUGGGUAGCAUGUAAGCAUCACGCUCAAAUUACACGAUUGUGUAGUUAUAUCAUUGCAUUAUUUUGGGUUUGACUAACUAAUUAUAUUUCGAGCUAAUGUUCCCUUUGAAGGAUGCAUGCUAAGCUGUCUACGCGAACAGCUGAGCAUGCGUGAACUCCGUGAAGGUAUUCACUGUCCAUCCUGUUUUAUCGAUAUCCCCCCCAAAAAAAUAAAAUAAAAUUGGGCGGUCUAGCUUAGCUACAGUUCAUAUUUUGUAUCCAGGUCGCGUUAAUGUAAUAAAUGCCUAUUUUAGGUAUCUGUAACUAAGGUAGGUAACUGCAAAACGAACUUACUAACUUGGAAGCAAACGCUGUAACCGCCGCUGUGGGAUACCGGUUGGCCAAAUAAUUUACUCAGAUGGCGUCUGGCUGGCUCACAUGGUGAAACCACUAAGCUAGCUAGCUAACAGUAUACUGUAGCAAGACGAUUUGUAUUUGUUCGCAAUAGAGGGCCUCCAAGCAUAUUUUUGAGAAGCUACGGAGAGGUACUGCUUGGGAUGCAACCUUCGUCUUGCUGAUCGUGGGAUAUACUCUCCAAUACAACAGUAACGUUUGUUGGCUAGCUAACUAAUGUAACAAAAGCUAUCUUAGCUAGCUAACCAGAGGUUCAUUGACAUCACAGUAGUAUUGGACAGUAGCUGUAUUCAUUCACCUUAGCGAAGAGAAGUUCAAUUUGUUACUACUAGUAGUUAGUGUGAGCUAAGUUAGCUAGCUAGAUAACUUACCUAGCUAACGUUUUAUCUAUUUACACUAACGUUAGCUAGCUAACAACAAUCAAUGUUAGCUUGCCUGCUAGUAGAGUAUGUACAGCUAGCUAUAUCGAUGCUUGCCCAUUGCAUUAGUUGUGUUCAUUUUGUACUGUUCUCUCUCCAGGGUUCCCCCCCUUACAUCUUAAUUGCAGAGGGAAAGCCAUAAGGAACCAUGAAAGUGCACAAAGCUCCCCCCAAAACCAAACAGACGUCCAAGAGGCAACAGUGUAAGGACAAGUGGUUCAAGCCCAACAGAAUUCCCCAAAACUCAAACUCUUCAAACCUCAGCCCAAGCACUGCCAUGGCCAAGCUAGAGCACCACGUAUCUAACCUUAGAAAGGACAAGCCUAACCUGAAGCGACUGAAGAAGAAGGCCAAGGCUGUGUCCUUCAGACAGGUCAAGACUCCGGCGGUCAGGGAGAGGACCCCCUCUCGUCCCCUGACUAACGGGGGAGCAGGUGGACCAGACCAGGGCAGUGACUCAGACGAGUCCCAGGACUGGAGCUCCUUUGCCAAGUCUGUUCUACAUCAAAAUGGUGGAGAGAGUAUGGAGGGCCAGGAGAGUUCUGUCUCAGCCAAAGCAGCGCCUGGCAGGAUAGAGGAGGAGGCUUUUGUUCACUGUGCAGAGCGAGACUACAUCCAUAAUCGCACAGUGCUGGUCAUGCAACAGGGUCAGGUAUUUACGCAGUCUUUUCAGCUACACUUUUGACUUUUCAAUGGCAACUACACUCCCCGCUAUAAGCUACUUCCUGUGUUUUUCACUAAUGCCUCCUGCCUUCAGUGUUGUGUUUUGUCUCCUAUAAAUUGGUAUUAUUAAUUUUGUCCAUGCUGUGGGGAUUAAAGUUAUUCUAAGUAAUCUUGAUCUCUUUCUCCUGCAGACCCUGUGUUUUAGGGGGAAGUGCCUUCUGUCAUGUCUGUACGGUCGGGUGGAGGUGCAUGGUUUCACCCUUGAGGAGGGUCAGCAGUCCUACCCACUGUUUUCCCCUUCCUCACAUUGCCCCCUCACCGUCACAGCACUGGGGGACUCCCCUAACCCCAGCAAAACCAAGAAAGCGGGACGUCUAGAGGCCAAAGCCAUUGUCCGCAAGUACCUCUCUACAGGUAAGGAGAGCCUUUGAAUGAGACCAUCCACCCUUGAAAUGAUUUGCAUGAUACUUUCGUCAGCUGCCUUCUUUUAGUGAUUGUUUCCAGUUAUAGGCCUAGUUAGAUCACCCUUGAGGGAGUAAAUUGUGUAGUUUUGAGUUUAAAUGCUGCUCGUUUGUAAGGUUGCUCCUAUCUUUAUUUUCUGUGUUUCGUUUAGAGACACGUAAAAGGUUGUUGAGCGAAGUAGAUUCAGACUCCUGUGUGAUCUUGCUGGAGCCCCUGGACACCCCUCUGACACGGUUCCUUGCAAGUUUCCCAGACCUCAAAGAGCUGUUUGGACUCAGUUCGGUGGGUUGACUCUGAUAAUCCGAUGUUGUCAUCUAUCUACAGCACGUUACUACUGGCCUUUUCAUACAGACUUUUAUUGUACAGCCCUCUUCUUUGUAGAGUUACUGUAAAGCACCUUCUGAUGUAAAAAUGGCUUUAUAAAUACAUUUGAUUUAUUUGAUUGAUAGAGGGACAUCCGAGACAGUUCAGCCAUGCUGGACACUCCGCUCUCUGGCCUUGGCAUGAUCCCACUGCGGAAAACAGCCGAAGGCAUGGUUAUGUCACCGACCUACAGGGAGGCUCUCAACGGCCUGGUUAACGCCUGUGCAGGUAAACACACACACAGCCCUGCUAUCUUAAAGAGAAGUUGAACCCAAAAAAUGACUUCUUACUAAUUCUACUGACAACAUUGACUACAAAGUGUAAAUAGUAUAAUUUUGGUCAUAAAGUCAGUAUCUUCCAAAAGGGAGGUUUUGCGACUUUUAUGGAAAACUAUUACGCUCCUAAAUGAGGGUUGUGUUUUGAUUUCAAUCAUGCCCAGUCUUGCCCACUAACGCAGGAUGGUAAUGCUUAGGGAGAAUUGUUAUGCACGGCGAAACGGUUGCGCUGAGUGUGCUCUAUCCAAUUGUAGCAGCAGAAUCAACCUACAGUAAAACCAUUAGCUUGAAGCGCCUCAGACUUGUUUACAUGAGACAACAAUAUCAUUGCGAAUGUUAUGUUGAAAGAACAAGACUUGGUGUUUAUAAAGGCUUUGGGUUUUUUCCAACUCAAACAUCCUCACAUUCGUUAGCUAACUUUAGCAUCACAAACACAACUGUCAUCAAAGAUACUGAUACCAGAGAAGGUACAGAAAGCAGGAAAUGCUCUGAGCUUUGUAGUCUUGACCAAUCACGUUCAUAUGCUGUGUCACCAGGCCGCGUUCAGCAGGACACAAUCUUUUGCAAUGUUCAAAUAGAAAUAUGUAAUAUAGAACAACACAUGCCUCUCUGACAUGUAGACCAGGCAAUCAUGUUGGCUCUAUUCAUUGCAUUUCUAUCUGCAACGUUCGACAACGUUUGUCAACUGAACGUGGCCCAGGUUACUAAGCCAUUUGUCAUGCGUAUGGUGGCUGUGUGGGAUAUUUCAAGUAAAGAGCACACAAUGUUAACGAACAUAACACACCCACUUCAAACUCGCAUUGCUUCUAGCAUUUCUUAAUGAGGACGUGGAAAAGUGAGGCGAAAUUAGUGAGUUCAGCCCCCCUUUUAACAUGACGAACAGGUCCCCUUCAGUUAUUUUCUAUAGACAAGCAUGUUAUGUUUCUGUUGUAUUCCACAUGAUGGAGACCAAGAUAUUUCAACCUGAUGACCUAUUGACUGUUUGUUUUUCAUCUACAGAAGAGCUAGAUGGCUGUCCAGUUAUUCUCGUAUGUGGUGCUAAGAAUGUUGGAAAGUCCACCUUCAACCGUCACCUCAUCAAUACCUUACUUAACCAGUGAGUAGUGUGUUUUUGAUAUGUUUGUUUGGUUGAAAGGUUCUGCAGUGAUACAAUGCUUAUAGCAAUAACCCACCCUGUGUGUCUGUGUGUGUGCAGCACUGCAAGUGUAGAAUACUUGGAGUGUGACUUGGGCCAGACAGAGUUCACUCCCUCAGGUUGUCUCUCCCUGUCUACUGUCAGAGAGCCACUGCUGGGUAUGUAUUGUAACGCCUUCAUUACAAUCAUGUGUUCAAUACAUUUUAGUGCAGUGAGUAAGUGAGUUUCCGAUGUUUUCAUUACACAUGGCAAAUACACUAGAACUACCUGUAUUUCCCAAUAUUUUCAUGGGUCCUAUUAAUGUUUGGGGUCUUAACUAAUCCAAACUAACCCUGGUCUGUCUGUCAUGUUGUUUCCAGGUCCCCCCUUCACACACCAGUGGGCCCCAGAGCACAUGAUCUUCUAUGGCCAGUCGUCCUGUGAAACAGACCUGGACCGCUAUCUGGAGUCCCUCAAGUCCCUGUGGCGCUUGUACAACAGAGAGACGCCCAUCGUCAUCAACACCAUGGGCUGGGUCAAAGGUCAGUAACACAGUUUCCUGGCAACCUGGGGACAAAAUUCCUACAUUUGUUCCAAACUGCCAUGUUCAUGUAUAGCCCAAUCUUUAAAAAGAGGGGAAAGCAAGCACACAUUUAAACAAAUAAAUAAUGCAUAGUAAUUCAUACUUUUAUCAUUUUCAUACUGCCAUGUUAUGUGCCUGCUUCUUCAGGUUUUGGCUUUCAGUUGCUGGUGGACAUCAUUCGUCUCUUCUCCGUCUCUCACGUGGUGCAGCUCAGUAGUGGGGAUAAAGUCAUGUGCCGCCAACUCACCCCUGAGUUCCUGAGGUCAUCCCAUGGCUGGCAGACACACCCUCCUGUCCAGUCAGCUCUGGGGGAGGACAACUCUGGAACCCAUCCUGCCCAGCGGAGUUAUACUCUAUUCAGUAUUCACUCAGAGUUUGAAGGAGCGGGGCGCUCGGGCGAAAUGUAAGAGUCCUAACAACACAAAAGCUUUCUUGGUUGCCAUGGAUAUACAUUUUUCUGCUGAAGGAAGAUACUUGCCCUUUUGUUUAGAGAAAAGACAAACCCACUCUGCACUUCUUGCCAGGAACACUUGUUCAUUAAGCUGACGUAUCAGCCUUCGUCUGAACUUCUCUUACCCUUUUCUUGCCCUACUUCUCUGACUUCACCUCUCUCUCCUCUGCUGUUUGUGUUAUUCUUCCGCAGGAGACUCCAGCGCAGCAACGAGCAGCGUGACCUGGCUCUGCUGGGCUACUUCAGCCAGCUGCAGUCCCCUGAACCAGCCCCUGUCAGACCCCUACACUGCUUCAUUCCCUACCAGGUAAGAAAUCUAAAUCACUUUUUUAAGAAGAAUGUUGCCACAAUCGGAAGCUCUGAUGCAACCCAUUCUGAAGUGUCGUGUUCCGCCGGCCUGCUUGCGCCAAAUCAGGUUUAUUUAUGAUAAGCAUAGGAUUGAACUCUAAUGUUUUUAUCGUUAAAUGCUAAUUCCACUACGUCCAUCCCUUGUCCUCUCCUUGCAGGUUCCCCAUUCAGCAGUGGCUGUGGGUGUGACGCACUGUGAGGUGGCACCAACUCACGUGCUCUACACUGCUAAUGCCAGUCUGGUGGGGCUGUGCUGUCUGAAUGAGAAGGUAUCAGGCAGGGGAAGCCCAGUACUGCUCUCCCAAACCCCUGUCUGUCCCUGUGUGGGCUUUGGUACGUGUAUAUAAACUAUUACCUAUAUACACAUUAUCUCUCAGUCUUCUGAUGUUUGGUAACAGGAAUACAUGUACACUACUGUUCAAAAGUUUGGGGUCACUUAGAAAUGUCCUUGUUUUUGAAAGAAAAGCAAUUUUUUUGUCCAUUAAAAUAACAUAAAAUUGAUCAGAAAUACAGUGUAGACAUUGUUAAUGUUGUAAAUGGCUAUUGUAGCUGGAAAUGGCUGAUUUUUAAUGGAAUAUCUACAUAGGUGUACAGAGGCCCAUUAUCAGUAACCAUCAGUCCUGUGUUCCAAUGGCACGUUGUGUUUGCUAAUCCAAGUUUAUCAUUUUAAAAGGCUAAUUGAUCAUUAGAAAACCCUUUUGCAAUUAUGUUAGCACAGCUGAAAACUGUUGUGCUGAUUAAAGAAGCAAUAAAACUGGCCUUCUUGAGACUAGUUGAGUAUCUGGAGCAUCAGCAAUUGUGUGUUCGAUUACAGGCUCAAAAUGGCCAGAAACAAAUAACUUUCUUCUGAAACUCGUCAGUCUAUUCUUGUUCUGAGAAAUUAAGGCUAUUCCAUGCAAAAAAUUGCCAAGAAACUGAAGAUCUCGUACAAUGCUGUGUACUACUCCCUUCACAGAACAGCGCAAACUGGCUCUAACCAGAAUAGAAAGAGGAGUGGGAGGCCCCGGUGCACAACUGAGCAAGAGGACAAAUACAUUAGUGUCUAGUUUGAGAAACAGACGCCUCACAGGUCCUCAACUGGCAGCUUCAUUAAAUAGUACCCGCAAAACACCAGUCUCAACGUCAACAGUGAAGAGGCGACUCUGGGAUGCUGACCUUCUAGGCAGAGUUGCAAAGAAAAGCCAUAUCUCAGACUGGCCAAUAAAAAGAAAAGAUUAAGAUGGGCAGUCUGGGAUGUGGCUUUUUCUUUGCAACUCUGCUUAGAAGGUCAACAUCCCGGAGUCGCCUCUUCACUGUUGAAGUUUCAGAAGAAAGUUAUUUGUUUCUGGCCAUUUUGAGCCUGUAAUCGAACCCACAAUUGCUGAUGCUCCAGAUACUCAACUAGUCUCAAGAAGGCCAGUUUUAUUGCUUCUUUAAUCAGCACAACAGUUUUCAGCUGUGCUAACAUAAUUGUAAAAGGGUUUUCUAAUGAUCAAUUAGACUUUUAAAAUGAUAAACUUGGAUUAGCAAACAACGUGCCAUUGGAACACAGGACUGAUGGUUACUGAUAAUGGGCCUCUGUACGCCUAUGCAGAUAUUCCAUUACAAAUCUGCCGUUUCCAGCUACAAUAGCCAUUUACAACAUUAACAAUGUCUACACUGUAUUUCUGAUCAAUUUGAUGUUAUUUUAAUGGACAAAAAAUUGCUUUUCUUUCGAAAACAAGGACAUUUUUAAGUGACCCCAAACUUUUGAAUGGUAGUGGAUAUCAAACGUAGAACAGUAACAAAGUUUGGCAUCUCCACAUGGAUGACUACCUCCUUGGAUGGAUGACAAACUGGUGAGAGCAAUCUAUUAAGUAGUGUUUCUCUCUGUUCUGCAGGUGUCCUUCGAGGUGUGGACAUGGCACGGGGCCUGUACUUCCUUGUUACACCUAUAGCUCCCUCAGUCCUCCGUCAGGUCAACUGUCUUCUGCUGGGGGCUGUCCCACUGCCCAACACCCUCCUCACAGGCCAGGUAAGACGAGAGGAUACCUCCCACACACUAAGCACUCUGAACACUGCAGCGUCGUACUCUCUGCUCCUCAGUCCUCUGUCUUUGUUUGACUUUCGCACACGAAUAUCAGCUAUAAUAAAACAUGAAAAACUGUAAAAUCACAACUGCCCCAAACUAUUCAAAUAUUUUUCAGACUGAUUUGUUGUCCUGUUCCUCUCCAUCGGUGUAAGCUUUUACCUAUCAAGGUAUUUGGGUUCAGUCACUCAUGCUUGCUUCAUCUUAGUCCACAUCCUCUUUCUGUUACAGACAGGAAUUGUGGGAGAGCCUCCCUACGUCACGAUGGACUACAGCUUUGAGCUAACCGGGGCCGGGAAGCUUCACGUCUUCAAGGGGCUUGCAAGACCUGGCCAGAUGAAAAACGCAAAGUGAUUGUUUUUGUUUUUAUGGUUUCACAGCAAGAAAUCCGAUUUUUUUUUGUUUACUGACUUCAAACACCAAGGCCAGAGUCAAGGCCGUUGAAUGUACAGAAGAGAAGGUUCAGGAGACGGGUGGACCGUAGAGUUGGCGUGAGUGAUUCGAGGCGUACUCGCGCUCCAGACCAGACUCUUGAAGACGGCCCAGGCUGUGGAGGUCAACUCCCUCUUGUAUGCGUCAAUUGGGUUGACCUUGGUCUACAAUAAUGACAUCAUUUUUGGUGGCGAUAUUCAAUAGUUUAGGAUGUUAGAAACACGUUCAAUCACAUGGACAAUAUCUAGACAUGCAGGUAAACCUCCGUCUGCAUCUGAAAUGGCGCCAUAUUCCCUAGUGCACUGGUCAAAGGUAGUGCACUAAUGUAAGGAAUAGGGUGUCAUUUCAGACAUACUGUGUUUGUCUAUUCCUUGUGGGUGACAUUUCAGACACAUACUGUGUUUGUCUAUUCCUUGUGGGUGACAUU